UGAGUAGUGGUGAGUGUAACGGUGUGAGUAGUGGUGGUGAGUGUACACUGGUGAGUGUAGUGGUGAGUGGGCGCCCAAAUAAUUUCUAAUAAAUAAUAUAAUAUUUCAUAAUAAAUAAACUACGUUACCAUUCCUCCUCUGCUGGAUAAUAUCACUAUUAGAUCUGAAGCGCGUACAUAAAGUCACUGUGCUGUUCUGUUUGAGUGUGUUUUACAUAAAGUUUUUGGAUAUUCUGGCAUAUUUGUAGUGAAAGAUCUGCUAGCUAGCGUCUGCUAGCGCUGCUAACUUGCGUUGGAGUUGCAGAAAGAAAAUGUCAGAUUUUGACGAUUUUGAGAGACAGUUAACGGAGAACAAACAAGGUUAGUUUGAAAGCUGUGACUUCGACUCCUGUGCCUGUUGUGGGCAGCCAGAUGACGCGUCAUGCUUGGCGGCUCUAUGUGGGCAACAUUCCCUUUGGCAUCACAGAGGCAAGUAUCAUCUGCUCUGAUACUGUAAUAGCAGCUGGAUUUGUUUGCUUUGUGAACCAGUCAGGUAGCUUUCUUCUCUCUGCUGCAGUUCAUUUCAGUUCCUUUGCCUUUACUAACUGUUUUAUUGCUUCACAAUGUCAAGGCAAUCUUCCUGUCUCUUGGCUCCAGGAAUCCAUGAUGGACUUCUUUAAUGCUCACAUGUGUUUCCUGAUUCAGGCUCCAGGAAACCAAGUUCUGAUCAGUUCUGUGCAGAUCAACCAGGACAAGAACUUUGCUUUCCUAGAGUUUCGCUCGGUGGAUGAGACGACGCAGGCCACAGCGUUUGAUGGCAUCAUCUUCCAGGGACAGAGCCUGAAGAUCCGCUAUCAGCCAUUGCCAGGCAUGAGCGAGAACCACACUGUUUUUGUGCCAGGUAGUGUUCAGCUGGAUGUCGUUUCCACUGUGGUGCCCGACUCGGCUCAUAAGCUCUUCAUCUGCAUCCUUCCUUAUUACCUCAAUGACGACCAGGUGAAGGAGUUGUUGAAUUCCUUUGGCCCGCUCAAAGCCUUUAACCCGGUGAAGGACAGCGCCACCGCUCUGUGAAUGCGUUCAGCGUUCAACAUCAGCGAUCAGGCUAUCGCUGGGCUCAAUGGCAUGCAGCUAGGGAACAAGAAGCUCCUGGUGCAGAGAGACAGUGUCGGAGACAAGAACCUCGCAAUGACUGGGAUUAACCAGACGCCAGUGAUGCUGCAGUGAUGAACAGGGGAGGAGAUUGUAGAUGACGUCACUGAUGGGUGCAGCAAAUACGGCAAGAGUAUCAAGAUACCAUGGCCUGUCGACGGACUCGAGGUCCCGGGGACCAGAAAGAUCUUCGUGGAGUUCAUGUCUGUGUUUGACUCGCAAAAAGCCAUGCGAUAUUUAACAGACAGGAAAUAUUUGGUGACCAAAUAUUGCGACCCCGAUGCCUACCAUCACAGAGACUUUCGGUAGAGGUAGAAGAAGGAAAGAGACCUUAUGAAGUGUAUGAUAUUUUCUGUCCUUUAUUUCUGUGUGUGUGUGUCUGUGUGUGUGUGUGUGUGUGUGUGUUUAACUUUUGGCCUAUGGGAAUGACACACUGCCGUGAUUGGUUUCUUCUCUGGAUUGUAAACAUGACUUCAGGGGUUUGAACUUCUGACACCUUGCAGCGAAUUCUGAAAAUUAGGUUUGUCUUCAGAAAAGUUGUGUGUGUGAAGGUAGAGAUUUGCUUUUCUCUUUGGAAAUAUUCCUCUUGCUCUCAUUCCUCUCCAAUGGUCACACAGUAAGUAUCACAACAGAAUCAGCAGUAUUGAGGUUUCAAAUCAACAUAAGGUGAAAGAACCACAACAAGGACCAGGCUUGUUAUAUUUUGGAGUUCAACUGAUCAUCAAAACUGUUCAGUGUUUGGACUUUUAUGGUGGAAUAAAUAGACUGUGAAGAGUACGUGAAGAGAGUAUGGGUAACAGGAGAGACCACAGUCACUUGCUUUCUUAGAAGAAUCUCAAUACUGUAUUAAACUACUGCAUAUGAAAAUCACCAUAUACUUUUAAUUUUCCCCCAAGAAUAAAAUAAUUUCAUUUUCUCCUGACCUGAGCUAAUCAAAUGGAUAUAAUGGAACGAACAACAAAGAAAAGACAUCCAGCUAGCAGCAGUUCUGUGAGCAGAAACACCUUGCAGAUCAGAGAAGGCAAGACGACUGCGUUACCUCGUAUAACCCCUCUGUAUGACCGUUGUGAGCAGAAAAGCAUCUUAAACACAAAUCCUAAGGCAGGUGCGGUCAAAAGCAGAAGACCACAUCGGCUUCCACUUCUGUCUCACCAAACAGGCCAGUUGAAGCCUGGAAAAACGUAGCUUUUGUCUGAUGAAUCUUGGUUACUGGAGCAACACACAGAUGGUUUAAUCAGAAUUUGUCCUCAACAGCUGGAAUCCAUGGACUUACUGUAAGCUACUGUCUGUGAACAAGUCCGGAUGCUGGUGGUGGUGUAACGGUGUGGGGAAUGUUUUCUUUCUGCACAUCAAGCCCCUUAAUACCAAUCAAUCAUCGGGUGAAGUCUGUUUAAGUGUUGUUGCAUUCCUUUAUUGGCACACAUUCCAUUACAGCAUCAUUAUUUACCCAUAUUGCAAUUGCUACUUCCAGCACAAGCACAAGUCAUCUUAAAUGAGUUCCAUGAUCAUGACUAUGGCUAUUCCAAUUAAAUCCAAUAGAUCACCUUUUGGUUUGUGUUAGAUACGUAGAGUGAUUGUACAGCUGACAAAAUCUGCAGCAGUCACGUGAUGCAAUCUAAUCAGCAUGGACCAGCAUCUCAAAAAAAUGCUUUCAACCUCUUGUAGAAUCAAUGCCAUAAAGAAUUGUACUUAACUAUACGUGUGUCGUCACAGGUGCCUUUCAGGCAAAUUCCCGGCCACCAGCGGGCCUCAUUUAUAGGCUCUCGGGCACGUGCCUAUAAUUAGCACAACACGCGACACCUGCAUACGCCGUUAUUUAAGACCCCGGGUUUCGGGGGUCAGCGUGUGGACAAUAGUCUGUGCCAGAAUUGCAACGUGGUUGCACUUAUCCCUUAUAUAUAUUUGCACCACCUUAUAUUUCUACCCUGUCAUCAGUCCACAUUCAGCCACACGCUUUCUCUAUCUGCUCCGGAUGCCAGUCCGCUUUCCCCCAGCCACUAUCCGAGUGGGUGACGGGCUGGGCACGGUACCCCUUCUUCUUAGCGUUACCGCAGUCCCAGCAUAACAAUACAGUGUACAGGUAUAGACAGGAAAUGAUUUAUAAUCCGGUUUCACCCAGAUGAAGAUGCCUUCGCGUUUGAGUCUGAUAUCAUCUCAGUGAGUUAUUUAUUACCAGAGCUGCCUUACCUGGCUGGCUCAUCAGGGAGAACUAUAAAUGACACAUUUAAAUUUUAUCCUUCGUAUUCUGAUUUUUAUUUUUAUUUUUUAAUUCCAUAAAGCUGCUCUGUAACAAUGUCCAUCUAAGGUUUCAUUGAACUGAGGUUGUCCUGACUGCAAAAGAUGUCCUACCCAGUAUUAAUAUGGUAUUUCUAAUAAAGUGGCCAGCGUGUUUAUAUGAACCCUGAUUAAAUAGGUACCCAAUAUACAGUAGGUUUACAAUUAAACACUAUAUUUUAAUUACAGAUGAAAACAAAAAUUUCCAUUUCAUACAAAAAAAUGUGUCUCCAUGUUUUACUUGGUAUGUUUUACUUCGUUCUCCAGAACGAACAGUAAAAAUGUCCAUGGAUUAUAAGGUUUAUAUUAUAAUUUACUGAAAUAGGACUGAGCUGGUUCUUGCCCAUAUUACUCAUUCUGAGCUUCAUAUUCCCUUCCAGCUGGAAUGCACAUAGAUUAAUGCAGGUGUUUAUGAUCUAAACAGAAGCACUGAUUUAUAUAACCAUUAAUGUUGCUUAUGUUAUAUUUAUGCUGGAGUUCACAGUUUGUUUAUGUCAAAUAAUGGAAAACCUCAAUAUGAAAUUUUUUAAAAAUAUGAAUAUGUUCUCCAAUAUAAACUGUGCUCUUCUCAGCCCAGUAAUGAAUCUUUCCUUGCUCUAUAAUCUCUUAUUUCUCGAGUAAAGCUUAGCCUUUCCCUGCACAAACAGUUCUCUUGCAGCAUGCUCUCUCUGCAACUGUAACUCCCGCGCUCUUAAUGUCAUUAACAGGUGGUUGUCGAAAAUAGAAUCUACAAACACACUUAUAUAAACAUAUGUGUGCUGAGUGACGCUCUCAGAUCAACACAUUUUCCUUUUAGACAAGUAAAGUAGUCAUUUACUGUGUCUAAGGUGGAUACGAUUAAAGUCGGGCCUAACACCUUCAUAUAUACAGAUUACAGUGUACGAGACAGAAAGCAAGAUCAGUUUCAGACCAUUAAUCUAGAUAUACCUCCUGCCUGUCUGCCUGUUGCCCUAUCUCUAAGCCCCCCACCCCUCUCUCUCUCUCUCUCUCCCUCUCUUUCCCUCACUCCCUCCCUCUCCCCUAUUACGCACUCUCCCGUCUCCUACAUUCUGUGUCGACUCAUGUACGCGAUCGUCACUGCUGCACCCAGCCAAGCUACAGGUUCUUCAAAGAGGACUGUUCAUCUGAUGACUACUGAUCUAGAAGAUCUCCUUCCUAUAUUUACUCCCAUCUCAUCCUUACGAUAGUCUAUUUCAUCUCCUCUGAUUUUUGCUUCCCUCUUAACUUUUAGUAGACUUUUUAUUAGACCUAGUCUUCUUUCCUUUUAUUAGUUUUCAUUCUGCUUCUUUAUGUCAAUAAAGAAGUGACUGAUUUUA